UAUUACGCCGGAACUACUAGUAUUAGCGGCGACGUGGGGAAGGGGAAGGAGCUGCAGCAGCAGCUGACGACAUCUACUUCACAGAAAUUCCCGUACGUAAAGAAACUGCUGGCGGAAACCAAGAGCGGCAAGGAGGAGGGAUAUGACAAUGCACGACUCCCCCUCCCUCUCAUUUGUAUUUGUAUUAUAGCAUGAACGGCAAUACAAGCAUCAGCAAGAAUGCCGGUUUUGCAUGACAAAGCUACACGACUGGAGUCUAGUGCUAUUUGGGCUACGAGAACUUGUCAUGGAAACAGUGCCAAGUAGAGGCACCGCCUGGAUUUGGUAUUUUGUGUGAAGACAAAUGAAGGGGACGAGGGGAGGGGAGUUGUGCACGCUGAUAAGGGAGUGCUGAAAGCCAUGAUGCAUGCGGACGACAAGGCGGUCUUGGGGUUGCCCUUCCCGUACAUCCUCCGUCCCUGGUUGGCCAGCGACCACUUGCCACUGGAAUUGACGGCCACUAUUAGAGUCGACAUGAAACAGAACAAAGACCUGCUGGAG